UAGAAAAAAGGUACAAAAGCUGUCACCAUUUGUACCUUAUUUAUCCCACAAGGGUGCGUUUUAGUGCCUUGAAGGUACAUAUUAGUACCUCAAGUGUACAUAUUAGUACCUAAAUAGUACAUAGUAUUUGAAAAGGUAUCUUUUGUACCUUUUUUCUCAGAGAGCGUAGCAACGCGUUUCCACGGAGACGGCCGUGUUUACAAAAUGGACGGGAAACUACUAGCGACACCUUUAGCGUCUAUUAAAUCACGGACUGUACUCUCUUAGCUCUAUUUUUAUUAAUUUCUUUUAACCAUAACCAUGUCUAUCCCAAUGCCAAUUCUUAACUAAGUUGAUCGAAAUCUUUCUUAAGUCGUCAGUGAUGGAUGGUGACAGUGAUGAAAUAAAGGAGCAGCUGAGGCUUCAGUUUCAAGCUCUUCAAGAGCAACAAGUGCAGCGCAUCCAGAGAAGACUGGAGAUGAAAAAGACGGACUCAAACCCUCCUCUUCUCAGCAGUCUGGACAAUAUAAACUUCACAGAAGAGGACGAUGACAUGAUGGAUCAAUUCAACACAAGAGUGAAGCAGAAUGAAAACGAACAGCUGCAUGAUCAUGUGAGGGAACUGAGAGAUGAGAACGGCAGACUCCAUAAACUGCUGAGUGAGAAAGACUUUGAGAUAAAACACCUGAAGAAGAAGAGAGAGGAGGAAAGAUUGGCUUUAGCAGGUACCGCUGGUCUGGCAGGAGAUGCAGCAGCAACCAAAAUUGUGGAACUGUCAAAAAGGAAUCGAGAAUUAGCAGCUGAAACAGAACGAGAGAAGACCAAAACUAAACAAGCAAACAAUCGAGUCAAAGAACUGGAGAAAGAGCUUCAGGCCACACUGUUACUUAAUCCCGGCAAGAAGACAACCAAAAAGCAGGAUUCAAGGACUGUGAACGACCAUCUUGAAAACAGCCCGGUAGUAAAAUCCCUGCAGGAGAAAUUAUCUACAGCCCAACUCAAAAUGACUGAAUACCGCAACCAGAUCCAGACCUUUAAACAAGAGUUAAAAAUAGCUCACAAGGUGUUGAGCUGUGAGGUGGGCGAGGACAUCAAUAUUCAGCAGAUACUGUAUAACCCGGGAGGCUGGAGAGGCCGUUCUCAGCAGAUCCUCGCCCUUCAGAACAGAGUGCGAGACCUGGAACAGCAGCUGAGCCAGUCCUCUCACAGGAAGAAGCUAUGUGACCUUGGCCUGGAGGAGGAGAUCACGGGAGCGGGAGGCCUGCUGAAGACUCAAGACAGAAACCUCAGCCACAUCCGUCACAUAGAGAGGGAGAGGAAGGAGACACUGGAGAAGCUCACAGUGGAUUAUGAAGUUCUGCUUGAAGAGCUCUCAGACAUGAAGAAGAAACUGGAGGCCUCUAAAUCCAGGAACAAAGUGUUGAGCACAGAAGUCAAAGCCCUGAAGAGCCAGAUCAGCACUCUGCUGGAUAAGGGCAAACACGACGAUGAGCUGGUCGAUGCCUUAUUGAAGCAGCAGGCGAAGUGGCAGGCCAUGCUCGGGCAUCUCAGCCAGAAAGGCUCCCAGUGUGAGGAGGCUCAGCAGGGCCUGGAGAGACAUCUGCACAGCGAGGCCCAGCAGCACGCCUCGCUCAUCCAGCAGCUCAAAGCCAUGGUCUCAGAGAAGGAGAACAAGGUCAAAGAGCUGGAGCAGGAGAUCCAGCAACUCGCCCUCAUGAAGCAGUCGGAGUGGAAGAGUCAAACUAACAUCAGGCCUUUGACAUCACGACAUGAGAACGACAGGGAGUCAAACUCUGCCAGAGAUGCACAAGCAGCCUGUCCAGAGUGUAUUGUUAAAAUCCCAGCGCUCCAGGCUCAGUGUGCUGAGUAUAAGGCUCUUUAUCAAGCUGCCAGUGUGGAGAGAGACAGACUGCUGGAGCUGACCAAAGUACAGCAAACCUGUGAAGAAGAGGCGAAGUGUCGGUGUGCAGAAGCUGAGCAGAAACUCAGACAGGAAUGGCAGCGUUCAGUCUCACUGGAGCAGCAGCUGGAGAAAGCCAAACUGGACUUAAGGAAAGAAGCGAGUCUGCAAACGUCUAAUCGGAGUAGAACAGGAAGCUCGGGCAGCACUCUGAGUCUCCCUGAAAAACAGGAGGGUUCGUCUCCCAGAAGCCCCUCUGAUGUCACCCGUGAUGCUCAACUUAGUGAACUCAAAGCACGGUUGGAACUGCAACUAGAAGAAAAUGAAACCUUGAGAACCGCUCUGAAGAAUGCCUUGAAGGAAAAGAAAGAAGGCUUGCAAUUCUACAAGGACAUGCUGACCCAAGCAAAACAGGAAUUCCAGCAGGCCCAAAGAAAGCAUGAGCAGGGGACUUAGACUGGACUGAUGAAGGGUCUAACAAACACAGAUCCCUGAAGGACAACACUGGCAUUAAGGGGACGCUCGCUCUGUAUGUUGCCAUGUUUGCUGUUGACAACACAUUCACACGCAUGCACGUACAAAACAGAUGACUUGAGUUCGAUCAGCAUUGUGAAGACAUGAGAUAUGAUUGAGAUAUGAUACAUGUUUCACUUUUUUGCUGGAGGAACACUUGUGAAAAGAAUAUAAUAAUAAUGAGUUCCUGUUUGUUUAUUAACAGUAGGAACAUUUUAAGAAAUGAUUGCGGUAAACCAAGUGUUUUUUCUCUUUUUGGCACUCAAAAGUGGAAACAAACUUUCCUGCCUUCUUUUCUGACGCACAUUGCUCAUUAAUAUUUGAUUUGUGUGUCGUGGUGUGAAACCAAAAAUGAAAAGCAAAACCAAAAUUAGCUCGGCAGAAUGUGCACCGUCCCCUGCUCAAGCGAUACAUGUGUGAUGACUUGACCCCUCGCUUACCGUGUCUCUCCUCUUGUUUACAUUUAGCGUAUCAGCCGGCGCAUUCAUGCUGCCAUACAUGAGUUAUUCUCUUUCCUAUGUGGCCGGAGGGGGUUUGAGGCCUCCCCUCCCGAUGCUGCUCCACCACGCUUAAUUUAAACCUGUGGCUGAACCAGUGUGCUCCUCUUGAAACAGCGCACUAUUUCAUCUUCCCAGAAGCCUGAGGGACACUGGCAAGCCCAAGGCUGUUAUGAGUGCAAGCACCACAAGACCAAAAUAUCAUCCAGGAUUGGAAAUGAUGGAAACGAAGCCUUAUUUACAGUGAAGAAAUAAAAAGAACUUGUGUUUGAAAUGAUAUUGUAGAUAACAGAUGUUCAACAAGCAAAGGGACAUUUGACACAGCUUAAUUGCAAUUGUAAAGGCUGGCGUGGCGCCUUAAAGGGGCAGUUCACCAAAAAAUGAAAAUUCUGUCAAAACUUCCUUUGUUAAAAAGAAGUAAAGCAUACUUUUAAAGAGCGUACUUAAUAUGGGAAUAAUAUAUUUGAAAAGAAUAUACUUGAGUGCAAGCUGAAUGUUGGGCUUUCAGACAUUUAAUUGCAUGCUAUUUGUAAAAUUAAAAUGUAUUGUAAAAUGUAUUGACCCACUUAAGUAGAAUGUAAUCUUAACCUUUAUAAGUAAUUGCAGAAUUACUUCUGUUGUCUUAGAAAUAUGGUUAAUUGUGUUGUCAAAUGUACUGACGAUCAUUUAUGGCAAACUAAAAUAUAUUUAAUGUCAUUUCUAUUGAAA